GUGCUCUUUUCCUCUCCUAUCACUCUCUUCCUCUGUCUCUCUCUAACUUGUAUCCUUAUCUCUCCCACAGUUGACCACACGAGGGUAAAGCUGACUUUAAAAACAACCAAUCAGGAUGCAGAUUACAUCAAUGCCAGCUUCAUCAAGGGAAUGGAUGGUCCAGAGGCCUACAUCGCUACCCAGGGUCCUCUAACCAACACUGUCAUCGACUUCUGGAGAAUGAACUGGGAGUACAGUGUAGCUGUCAUCGUAAUGGCAUGUCGAGAAUUCGAGAUGGGAAGGAAAAAGUGUGAGCGGUACUUUCCCCAGUUUGGUGAUGAGCCCAUGUCUUUUGGCCCGUUCAGAAUCUCCUGUGAAUCAGAACAGCCCAGAACGGACUAUUUCAUCAGGACCCUGACAGUGGAGCAUGAGAAUGAGACACGUAGGAUAACCCAGUUCCAUUACAUCAACUGGCCAGACCAUGACGUCCCCUCGUCCUUUGACUCCAUCUUGGAUAUGAUUGGUCUGAUGAGAGAGUACCAAGAGCAUGAUGAUGUACCCAUCUGUAUACACUGCAGUGCUGGCUGUGGGAGGACAGGUGCCAUCUGUGCUAUAGACUACACAUGGAACCUACUAAAGGCUGGGAAGAUUCCAGAAGACUUCAACGUGUUCCGGCUGAUUCAGGAGAUGAGAACACAGAGGCAUUCUGCUGUUCAGACCAAGGAACAGUAUGAGUUGGUUCACAGAGCCAUCUCUCAGCUCUUUGAGAAACAGCUGCAGCUCCUGGAGAGCCCCACCAACUCAGAGAUCCAUGGUGGCAUGGAAACGUUAUUAACUCACAACAAUAAGAGCUUCUAAACUGAUUCACUGAGCAGAUGGGCUGGUCAGAGUUCUGCGAACACAGACAGAC